AUGACACAUCCUACUAAAGCGAUUUUUAGAUGGCUGUUAGGAGAUUUCAUGAGGGUGAGUAAUGUGCCAGAGAACUACACACCGCUGUACACAGCAGAGGACUUAGAGGCAGCAUUCGACAGAAUUGAGACGGUCGACUACCAUUCGACUAUGGAGGUCGAGGGUAUCAAAUUCACAGCCUAUCAUGCGGGCCAUGUUUUAGGAGCAGCCAUGUAUUUUGUCGAGAUUGGUGGAGUCAAAGUGCUAUUUACAGGAGAUUAUUCUCGAGAAGAAGACCGACAUUUGAACCAAGCAGAGGUUCCUGUACAGAAACCAGAUAUUCUCAUUACUGAGAGCACAUAUGGUACAGGUAUUCAUCAACCUCGAUUAGAAAAAGAAGCUCGACUAAUGAGUCUGAUCAAAUCUACAGUACAGAAGGGAGGUAGGUGCCUGCUUCCAGUAUUUGCUCUUGGUAGAGCACAAGAAAUUCUGUUAAUUCUCGACGAAUACUGGGAUGAGCAUCCCGAGUUGGAAGAUAUCAAUAUUUAUUACGUGUCAACACUGGCUAAAAAGUGUAUGGCUGUGUAUCAGACAUAUAUCAACAUGAUGAACGAGAACAUUCGAAGGAGAUUUCGAGAUAGUCGAACCAACCCAUUCCAGUUCAAGCAUAUUAGAAGUGUAAGAAAUCUAGAAAGAUUCGACGAUAUCGGACCUUGUGUCAUGGUAGCCACACCUGGUAUGCUACAAAGUGGAGUAUCACGAGACUUGCUAGAACGAUGGGCUCCAGAUUCUAAAAAUGCUCUGAUUGUAACCGGUUACUCUGUAGAAGGAACAAUGGCUAAGCAGAUGCUGACAGAACCUCCAGAGAUUUCUUCAGUGAACAAUCCAGAAGUGAAAAUCCCUCGUCGAAUGGUGGUAGAAGAGCUGUCAUUUGCAGCACACGUUGAUUUCAAGGAGAAUUCGCGGUUUAUUGACAUGGUAGACGCUCCACACAUUAUUCUUGUACAUGGAGAAGCAAAUAAUAUGGGAAGAUUGAAAAGUGCUUUAAUGAGUAAAUACUCUGAUCGUAAGGGUACAGACCGUGAAGUGAAAAUAUACAAUCCUAAAAACUGUUAUGAAGUGGAACUACCAUUCAAGAGUGCCAAAGUUGCACGAACAAUGGGAGAGCUCGCUAGUGAGCCACCAACCGAUGGACAAAUUGUGUCAGGUGUUUUAGUCGAGAAGGAUUUCCAUCUCAACCUUCUUCAUGUGUCAGAUCUUCGUGAGUACGCUUCAUUGAGUACUAGUGUAGUCACAGAGAGACAAUCUGUUAUAGUAGAUGCCGGACCAGAGCUGAUUAGAUAUCACUUGGAGCAGAUGUUUGGUGCUGUUGAAACACUCGACGAGACUGAAGAAGCGUCUGAAUUUAUGGUCAUGGGAUCAGUCAAAGUCAUUCACGAAGGAAACGUUUCGACCAUCGAGUGGACUGGCAACGUUAUGAAUGAUGCCAUUGCCGAUUCUGUGUUGGCGGUUCUUCUUUCAGUUGAUACAUCACCUGCUUCAGUUAAACUAUCAUCAACUUCAUGUGGCUGUGAUAACAAACACGACUCUGACCACCACAAUGGCGGAGUGAAGCAUGAAAACGGACAUACUCACAGUCACAACCACCACCAGAUCGAAGUCAAAGUUGACCAAAUCUGUGCACUUCUCAAAGCACAAUUUGGCGAUUGUCUCACUGUUGCCGACGAUAAGAAGACCGCCACGAUCGAAAUAGAAGGCGUUGUCGCCGAGGUUCAGUUCGAGGAUCUCACUGUCACCUGUAAAUCACCAGCUCUCGAAAAGAGAGUUGCUGCUGUGCUAGAACGAGCAGUCAAUACCGCAGCUCCACUGUCACAAAACACGUCUCGUCUCGUCGAACUCCACGACGACGACAAAGACCUAGCACUCGAACCAUCUCCCGUCAAAGAGGAGCCGCUGCCGCAAGCCAUAAAGGCCGAGUAG